AUGCCGAUGUUCAUUUUGAAUACAACUGUCAAAUUGGCACCACAUAAGAAACUCGAAUUCCUCAAAGAUUUAUCGAAAACUAUUGCUAAAGUUGUGGAUAAACCAGAAGCGGUAACUUUAAUUUUUUGAUUUCUAAUAAUUAUGCACAUUUACCCUUAUUCCAGUUCACUUAUGUCAAUGUUAAUUUGGAAAAGGAUAUUGUGUUUGGUGGGACCACGGAACCAGCUGGAUUUGGUGUUCUGAAGUCAAUUGCUGGACUUGGUGGCGAGAAGAAUAACGAAAUUUCUAAGGAGUUAUAUCCGGUUAUUCAAAAGCAUACCGGAAUCCCGGGAAACAGGUAAAUCUCCUAAAUUUUUUUUGAAAAAUAACAUUUAUUCUCAAAAUUCCAGACUAUAUCUCGAAUUUCAUUCAACCGAGGCUGACAAUAUUGCGCACGACGGUCAAACCUUCACUCACAUCCUCAAAAAUCUUAAGCUCUAA